AUGUACGUACUUGGUUUAGGGGACCAGUUUUAUCGACAACUUCUCAAAGUCUCUAGCGAAUCUCGUAUGAGUUCCGUCAGCUCUCUCGAGCGGUGGCUCGCGCGCUUCUCGGGUCGCUUGCGUCGCUAUUUACCACCCCUAAACUUCAUCACCAUUCAUUAUGCCUACUUCAUCCUCGUCUGUCUCAUCACGUCUGUCAUCUUCUGGGGCUCAUCCGAUCCUGCGUUCUCGGUCAGCUACACUGACAGCCUCUUCCUCGUCGUGUCUGCAAUGACCGAGGCAGGCCUCAAUACCGUCAACCUCAGCCAACUGACGACGUGGCAACAAACACUCCUGUUUAUCCUACUGCUCUUGGGCAGCACCAUUUGGGUCUCCAUCUGGACAGUCUUGGCCCGCAAACAUGUCUUUGAGAAGCGCUUCGAUGAAAUCGUCCGAGCAGAGCGCGCGCGCAAACUCAGUCGUCAGGGUAGUACCAUAUCGCUAGGUUUGCCGCGAUUACCUCUCGACUUGCCUCGGCUGCAGAUGGCAUUCUCCUUUGGUAAAUCGCAGACAGCACCUCCUCCUCCAGGCCAGUCUCUCAAAGUUACAAAGACUGGCGACUCGGAGAAGGUCGAAACUCGGGUAGAUAACGAACGGGCGGACGCUGCAGAAGCCUCACCCAAAGACCGCCGCCCGCCUACGCUCCAGGAUGCACCUGAGGAUGCGCCCGAAAGCACCCAGGACGUGACGGACUCGCAGGCACCGGGCCACAUCACCUUUGACGAUUCGCCGCACCCCAAUGUCGCCGACAAUCAAGCCUCCUCGACGGGAGUCUCUCUUCCCGGCAACCCGAAUGGAACAGCGCGGCCAUUGAGAAGACCCUACAAUGCCUCAGAAGAUCCGACCAAUGUCGACGCAGACGCUCGCAACUUCUUGAAAUACCGUUCAGCUAGUCGCCACGGCCAGUUCCACGACUUAAGUAGCGAUGAGCGCGAUCAUCUCGGCGGCUGCGAAUACCGUGCCCUCAAGGUCUUGGCCAUGUUGGUACCAACCUAUUUCUUCUUGUGGCAGCUUCUCGCAUGCCUUGCGCUUGGGGCUUGGAUGAACAACUACAUGCCCGAUACGGCGAGGGCCAACGGAAUCAAUCCGUGGUGGCUCGGUAUCUUUAACGCUGUUUCUGCCUUCAACAAUUCGGGCAUGUCGCUGCUGGACGCCAACAUGAUUCCUUUCCAGCAGGCACCGUACUUUCUUAUCACAAUGGGCCUCUUGAUAUUGGCAGGAAAUACAGCGUACCCCCUCUUUCUUCGUCUCAUCAUCUGGUCCUCAGUCCGCCUCCUGAACUUGACCACGCGAGAAGACGCCUUUGUCGACCUUAAAGCCACCCUAGAAUUUAUCUUGAAAUACCCUCGCCGAGUCUACACCAAUCUCUUUCCUUCCCGGCCCUCUUGGUGGCUUUUGUUCAUGUUGAUUUCACUCAACUCUGUGGACUGGGUGGCCUUUGAGGUUCUCAACAUUGGAAAUUCUGUCAUUGAGAAGAUACCCACAGGCUAUCGGGUGCUCAAUGGCCUCUUUCAAGCUCUUGCUGUGCGGUCCGGAGGCUUCUACGUCGUCCCUAUCUCGGGCCUCUUCAUCGGCCUACAGCUUCUCUAUGUUAUAAUGAUGUACAUCUCGGUAUACCCCGUGGUCAUCACCAUGCGCCACUCCAACAUUUACGAGGAGCGAUCACUCGGAAUAUACAGCGACGACAUAGACACCGCAUCCGAAAUCGACCCUGAGGUGCCCGAUCCCUUGCUCCCUAUAGGCAGUCGACCCCCGACACUGGCACGCACUACUAGCAUUGGCGCAGCUUCUGCCCGACCUUCUGUCUUGGCACGUCGACUGAGCCGUUCGGGCCCGGUCAUCGAAGCUCGCCGCGCAUUCAAGAGCACAUUCAUGAGCUUUCACGGUGUUGGUGUUGUGCCACCGAAAGGACCGGGACUUGGGCAGAGCGGCGCCGAGCAGGGGGAGAGCCGCUGCGACUUCCAGGACGGCAGCUCCAUCGGUAUGAAGAGGAAGACCAUCAGAUACGGAGGAGCAGGACAAUUGAGCUAG